GCUCCAAUGUCUCCGGAUCCGGACCGGAGGUGUGCGCAGGAGCGAGGUGACGCCUGGCUUGAUAUCUGAUUGGUUGUCUGGAAAAAUGAAAAGUACUUGUGGUCCAGGGCAGAGACAAACGCGAAGAUGGGGCGGGACUCCGUGUGGGAGGAGGCGGAGCCUGUGAGCUUUGGGCGCGAGCGGUCGAAAGGCAGUUAGUUUGGGUUCGGUUGCUUGGUCCGGUCCGGAGGUACCAGCUCAGCCUCAUGGCUGACUCUGAGGAGUUUCGGGCUUCUUCGCCACCGCCACCGCCUCCCUCGUCUCCGUCGUCAGGCGCCUCUUCGUCGUCCCUCAGCAUGCCAGUGAGUUUGGGCUGGCGGGGUCCGAGCCGGAGCCACGGUCCAACGGUGGACCCGCUGGAGCAAGUGGAGCUGCAGAUCGGAGACGCGGCAUUUUCAUUAACUAAGCUUCUUGAAGCCACAUCUGCGGUGUCAGCUCAAGUGGAAGAACUUGCCCUGAAGUGUACAGAAAAUGCACGGUUCCUGAAAACGUGGCGAGACCUGCUGAAAGAAGGCUACGAUUCCUUGAAACCUGACAACUGACUUGCAGAUAUAAUCGCUUAGUGACUCACACACUCACACAUAAGAUAUUUGCACAUGGACCACAUGUAUGGGGCUGCCUGUCUCCAGACAUACUGAGAGUGAAAUUUUUCUUGAUGUUCUUGACUUUGUGAAAGCAGAAUACUGGACUCUCUUAUUUGCUUAUGUGUUUUCUCUGAUGUGGCAGUAUUUACCUUAGAUGCUCUCUGCCCUCUAAACUUUUAUAGACUCCUUUAUGAAAGCUAAUUCCAUCAGUAAGUAAUUCAGUAAUUGAUUGUCAUAAUAAUGCCUCCCUGCAACCAGGGCAUUAUUUGUUUGGUGAGAAGAUGACAAAAAUGCUUGAGUUGGGAGUUGAGCUUGGUGUGUCUCCUAAGGCAGGCGAUGAAGAUUUCAGGUGCAUGGUCCAGCUCCACAGGACACCUACUCUGAAACUGGUGGUGGUGCUUUAUUUCCUUCUUUAUCCCAGUACCCACAGCCACACCACACGACACUCACUGUCUGUGAAUAAGACUUGAUGAGUGUAAUUAAAAGCCACUUUUGAUUCCCACUUUUUAGGAUGAAGACUGUUUCUCUAAGAAAAUUGUAUGAAUCUAAACUUCAUUGACUUGAAGGAAAAAUACUUUCUCUCUCUCUAUAUAUAUAUAUUUUAAUGGGAAUUUGAAGCAGUCUUCCUGUGAAGCCCAGUCUUCUGUCUUAGUCUCUUGAGGGCCAGGACUACUGGUGUACAAGACAGUUUUGAAUUUUGAUGAUGAUCUUAAAAUAUAUUUUUUCUCAUCCUAUGACCCCAUUUUUAAAAAAAGCCUUUAGUUCACAAAAUGAAAACUUUUAUAGACUACAUGCUUAUUUUCUAUUUAUUUUUAUAGUUAACUGCUUUCAUAGUUAAUAUUUCUCUUGUUCAAUAUGUUAGAUUGCUGUCUUUGAACUACCUUAUCAAAUUUAUGGCUGUAUGCUAGGUAUUAUUUAAUGAAGCUUUGCAAGUUAUUUAUAUAAUUCUAAAGUUGGUUUCCAGUGUAUCACAUGUAACUGUUUCUAUGGGUUUCCUAUUAGUUGACCUUUGUGUUAAGGUCCCACUGUAUCUGUCCUGUAAAGUUUCUCCUUCAAGAUUUAUCAGUCUUUAGUCCGACACCCUUUCAUGAAUUUAACUCUGUGAUACUAGAUUCAUGCUUUAGUGGAUUUGUAUUGCCUCAGAUGGUUGUGGACCCUUAAAAUCAAGUAAGUGUCCUGCUUCUGUAUUUAGUGCCAUCUAUUUUCAAGCCAUGUACUACCUUGACAUAUAGGACCUUGAAGUACCUUUGAUGUGAUGUCUGUGUAGAUACAUUGAUGUAAAUAGAACUCUUAUUCUAAAAGUCUCACCGGGGAGCUAUGGCAGGGGACAAAUGGAUAGGCAAAGACUAGUUUUGACAUAGUCACAGUUAGUGAUUUUUUUUUUCUUUAAGAUCACACAACAUGUAUGGUGUGAUUUCUGUACCAAAGAACGCUUAUUUCUGUGUAAGAGAAAUACUUAUAUAUUCUGAAAAUUGCAAUUUAAAAAAUGUAUAAAAAUAAAUAUUACAAGUAAA